AUGAAUGUCCAACUCAGCAUUGAAGAUGUUGCACCGCCGACGAUCAACGCAGCUGAUGAAGUUGUCGUAAAAGUGGGGGCGGCCGGCUUAUGCCGCACGGACCUGCAUAUCAUUGAAGGGGUGUGGAAGGACAUCAUGGAUGUCGAAGGGAGCCUCUUGCCAUACAUUAUGGGCCACGAGAAUGCCGGUUGGGUAGAAGACGUCGGCAGUAACGUGAAAUCCGUAAAACCUGGCGAUGCGGUGAUUGUACACCCUCAUAGAAGUUGCGGAAUUUGCCUGAAUUGCCGGUAUGGCCACGACAUGUAUUGCGACCACGGGCAAUUUCCGGGGCUCGGACUGGAUGGCGGCUUCGCGGAAUAUUUCCUGACAAACGAAAGUUCGCUGAUCAAACUGAACACCAAUGUCACUCCUCUGGAUGUGGCGCCGAUGGCUGAUGCCGGUAUUACCGCCUAUCGUGCGGCAAAACGGGCAGCCGGUCUCGUGUACCCGGGAGCAUAUGUCACCGUCCUGGGCGUGGGGGGGCUGGGACAUAUUGCGAUCCAGUGUCUGAAACAUCUCUGUGGUGCCCGCGUCAUUGCGGUGGAUCGUGAGCCGGGCGCGCAGGCACUUGCCCGGGACCUGGGCGCUGAUGUUGUGCUCGACGGCGGACCCGACCUGAUCGAACAGAUCAAAGAUAUCACCAGUGGCGGAAGUCAGGUGGUGAUCGAUUUUGUCGGCGAACUGGGCGUGGAGAACAUCUGCUGGAAAUUGCUUCGCCAGGGCGGGGAAUUGAUUGUCGUCGGGUAUGGCGGACAGAUCGAAGUUCCAACGGUUGAACUUGUUGUAAACGAAAUAAAAAUCGGCGGCAGCCUCGUCGGAGACUAUACCGAGUUGGUUGAAUUGAUGGAGCUGAAUGCCGAUGGCUUGGUGAAGAUGCACUACACUGAGUAUUCGCUGGACAACAUCAAUACGGCGAUUGACGAUUUCAAAAAUCGCAAGUUCACUGGCCGAGGUGUGAUCGUUCCGUAA